UGCCGUUCUUGCCUCUCUGGCCUGCGUCUCCUGAGCCGAGUAGAUAUCCCAGAGUUCCGCGCGACGCCAGCCCUUCCGCCACGGCCGCCUCUGGAGAGCAGCAGCCAUGGCUCUACGCUACCCUAUGGCCGUGGGCCUCAACAAGGGCCACAAAGUGACCAAGAACGUGAGCAAGCCCAGGCACAGCCGCCGCCGCGGGCGUCUGACCAAACACACCAAGUUCGUGCGGGACAUGAUUCGGGAGGUGUGUGGCUUUGCCCCGUACGAGCGGCGCGCCAUGGAGUUACUGAAGGUCUCCAAGGACAAACGGGCCCUCAAGUUUAUCAAGAAAAGGGUGGGGACGCACAUCCGCGCCAAGAGGAAGCGGGAGGAGCUGAGCAACGUAUUGGCCGCCAUGAGGAAAGCUGCUGCCAAGAAAGACUGAGCCCCUCCCCCGCCCUCCCUGAAAUAAAGAACAGCUUGACAGAA